GGAAGUUCCCAGCACGCACUCAGCCGCGCUGCUCCUCAGCCUCAGUUGUCGAUGAGCCUGGGCGCGCCUCAACGCGCGGGGAGACAACCCCUUUGGCUUUCUUAGAGACAGAGAUGAGAAAUGAGCUGCCGAAGGAAUCUGGCAAGGAGGAGAGCGAAAGGCAGUUUGGUGCCAGCAGCUAAGUUGUAGCAUUGCUUUGGAGGCUGCCCCGGGAGCACAAGAGAAUUUGACAAGAACAGACACCGUCGCAGACCCCAGGCGUGCCUGAUUGCACUUGAGUAGAUCGCUGGGACGCAGCCUUCGCUCCAACUAUCUGUGGCCGACUAAAGGGAAGGAGACUAGAAACGGGAUUGCAAAGUGAUAUUCCUGAAAGGAAAACACAGGCACUCGAGAAGGAGGGGCGGGGGGACAGCCCAGCUGGCGUGUGCGUUUUUUUUUAAAGGAGAAACCCUCAGCACCUAGGCUUGCCAUAGUUCAAGCUACCAACUGCUUCUUGGGCGAUGAUUAUUCCCAGAUGCUCUUUGUUUGAGGUACUGCCUGAAGUUACGUGGAAAUGAAAGAGACUCAUGAAACCCCUCCUCCAAGGGAGAAUGAAUGUCUUUCAUAAAUGGAGCCUGGCUUCUGGUUUUCCCAGGAUAGUGACACUGUGGCAGCCACAGCGGCCCUUCCUGCUAUUUUCACUGAUUCACAGAACAUCUGAACAGUGAUGCUGGCCUUGGAUUUACAGAGUUCCAUCCUGAUACAUUAUUUACUUCCCUGGGACAGAAAAGCUUGCACUAAUUGCUCUCCAUGGUGGCUAAUCUUUUCAAGAGCCUGAUUUUACCUUACAUCCAUAAGCUUUGCAAAGGAAUGUUUACAAAGAAAUUGGGAAAUACAACCAAAAAAAAAGAGAAUCGUCAGCCAAAAAAAGAUCAAGACCUUCCUGUUGCUGGCCAGACCAAAACCCCAAAAUUUUCUAACACCUUGAAAAGCACGGUAAAGAAGCUUGCAAAGUGUUCAUCCACUCGCAACUUAUCCACUGAAGAAGAGGAGGCUAACAAAGAAUUUUCUCUCUCGCCCACAUUCAGUUACCGAGUAGCUAUUGCCAAUGGCCUCCAGAAGAAUAUUCAUGUAACCAACGGUGGUCAUGAGGAGCUCCUCCAGGAGUUCUCGUCCACUGAGAGUUCCUACUCAGAGUCAUUCAGUGAACUAAGGAGCAGCACAGAAAACCAGGCGCAGUCAACACACACGAUGCCAGUUAGACGCAACAGGAAGAGCUCCAGUAGCCUGGCACCCUCAGAGGGGAGCUCCGACGGGGAGCGCGCUCUGCACAGCUUAAAGCUAGGAGCUCUACGCAAACUGAGGAAAUGGAAAAAGAGUCAAGAGUGUGUCUCCUCGGAUUCAGAGUUGAGCACAAUGAAGAAAACCUGGGGAAUCAGAAGCAAAUCUUUGGACAGAACUGCUCGAAACCCAAAGACCAGUGCCCUGGAGCCUGGAUUCAGUUCCUCUGGCUGCAUUAGCCAAACGCAGGAUGUCAUGGAAAUGAUCUUUAAGGAACUUCAGGGAAUAAGUCAGAUCGAAACAGAACUUUCUGAACUCCGAGGGCAUGUCAAUGCUCUCAAGCACUCCAUUGAUGAGAUCUCCAGCAGCGUGGAGGUUGUGCAAAACGAAAUUGAGCAGCUGCGAACAGGGUUCGUCCAGUCUCGGAGGGAAACUAGAGACAUCCAUGAUUACAUUAAACACUUAGGUCAUGUGGGAAGCAAGGUGAGCCUGAGAUUUUUAAAUGUGCCCGAAGAAAGAUUUGAAUACAUUGAAAGUGUGGUGUACCAAAUUCUAAUAGAUAAAAUGGGUUUUUCUGAUGCACCAAAUGCUAUUAAAAUUGAAUUUGCUCAGAGGAUAGGACACCAAAGGGAUUGCCCCAAUGCCAAGCCUCGACCCAUCCUUGUGUACUUUGAAACCCCUCAGCAAAGGGAUUCAGUCUUAAAAAAAUCCUAUAAACUCAAAGGAACAGGCAUCGGAAUUUCAACAGAUAUUCUUACUCAUGACAUCAAAGAAAGAAAAGAAAGAGGGAUGCCAUCCUCCCAGACAUAUGAGAGCAUGGACAUAAAGCUGUCUACUCCAGAGCCCAGACUUAAGAAGAACAGUUGGCACUCUCCUGAUGACAGUGAUGGAGAGCUGGGAUCUGACCUCAAUAGAAACAGUUAUGCUGUGCUUUCCAAGUCUGAGUUUCCAACAAAAGGAAGUGCUUCCAAGUCAAGUUCAAAAUCACACAAUGCUAGAGCCAAGAAUAAAACUGCUAGUAGCAGCAAAAUUGCAAAUAAAUCAGAAUAUGAUAAAAUUUCUUCACAUUUGCCAGAAUCGGAUAACUUGGCCAAACAAAGCACAACCCAUUAUGCAGAUGUGACACCUCUCUGGCAUUCACAGAGUGAUUUUUUCACUGCUAAAUUUAGCCGUUCUGAAUCUGAUUUUUCCAAAUUGUGUCAAUCUUAUUCAGAGGAUUUUUCAGAAAGUCAGUUUUUCACUAGAACUAAUGGAAGCUCCCUUCUGUCUUCUUCAGACCGGGAACUUUGGCAGAGGAAACAGGAGGGCACCCCUACCAUAUAUGACAGCCCUCAGGAUCAGGGUUUGAAUGGGGCUCCUCAGGGUGUCCAAGUGCAGAGUGAAAUUGAGAACACAGAAACCGUGGACAGUGGAGUGAGUAAUGGCAUGGUGUGUGCGUCUGGAGACCAGAGCCACUACAGUGAUUCUCAGCUCUCUUUACAUGAAGAUCUUUCUCCAUGGAAAGAAUGGAAUCAAGAAGAGCAAGGAGCCAAUUUAGGUUUAGAUUCAUCUACCCAGGAAGUUUUUGACUAUGACACAAACAGUCUAUCUGAUCAACAACUUGAUGUUUACCAUAAAGACCUGGAAGACUUGGGAAAGGGCCACAGUGACCUUCAGGAUGACUCUGAGAGCUACGAUUUAACCCAAGAUGACAACUCAUCUCCAUGCCCUGGGCUGGAUAAUGAACCACAAGGACAGUGGGUUGGCCAGUAUAAUUCUUAUCAGGAGCCUAAUUCUAAUGAGCUGUACCAAAACCAAAACCAGUUGUCCAUGAUGUAUCGAAGUCAAAGUGAACUGCAAAGUGAUGAUUCAGAGGAUGCCCCACCCAAAUCUUGGCAUAGUCGAUUAAGCAUUGACCUUUCCGAUAAGGCUUUCAGCUUCCCCAAAUUUGGAUCUACACUACAGAGAGCUAAGUCAGCCUUGGAAGUGGUAUGGAACAAAAGCACACAGAGUCUCAGUGGGUAUGAGGACAGCGGCUCUUCCUUAAUGGGGAGAUUUCGGACAUUAUCCCAAUCAACUGCAAAUGAAUCGAGUACAACUCUUGAUUCUGAUGUCUACACAGAACCUUAUUAUUACAAAGCAGAGGAUGAAGAAGACUAUAGUGAACCAGUGGCUGAUAAUGAAACAGAUUAUGUUGAAGUAAUGGAACAAGUCCUUGCUAAGCUAGAAAACAGGACUAGUGUUACUGAAACAGAUGAACAAAUGCAGGACUAUGAUCACCCUUCAUAUGAAACCCCUUAUGAAACCCCACAAGAUGAGGGUUAUGAUGGGCAGACAGAUGAUGUGGUUGGUGAAGGGGGAUUGGAACCCUUAAAUGAAGCACUGGCUAAAAUUGAAGUGAAAGAAGAUGAAAACCAAAACAUCCCUGACCAACCAGUGGAAGUCACAAAGCCAAAGCGUAUUCGUCCCUCUUUCAAAGAAGCAGCUUUGAAAGCCUAUAAGAAGCAAAUGGCAGAAUUGGAAGAGAGGAUCCUGGCUGGAGGUGAGGAAACUGAGAUGCAGAAAGCUUACAUAACUUGUUCAGUGUCAUACAGACCCUGCCGCGUCCUCUUCCCUGGAGCCCCGGCACCUGUGGGUAACGACCGUGAUGGGAGCCACCUGGGACCUCCCGGAGAAAGCGGGAGAAAGCCCAGGAAAGCCCCUAAAACAGGCCCCAUGGGCCUGAGGCGGGGCGGAGCAGUGCGCAUGCGCCCUCGGAGGGCCCGUGGGCGCUGUCAGGGAGGAAGGCGAGCCCGGCGGUCUGGGGGAGCUCAAGGGACCCCGGAGCAGGCGGUGUGGUCACGAGACGCCUGGAGGAGGCCGCAGCAGCUCCUGGACAGAGA